CACAGCAACAGGCAUCAGUACAGCAACAGGCAUCAGCACAACCACCGUUUUCAACUCAGUCUAUAUCUUCAGCGUUCAAUGGAAUGAGCCUUGACGGCUCGAGUUAUAUGCGUGGAGCCACAGCUCCAAGUACUGGUUCGUUUGCUUUCUCACCUUUUGCGCAACAGCCGCAGUCACAGCAGCAGCAGCAUCCCUUUUACAUCUUCGGGCGUUCCCCUGCUAAGCAACAACAACAACAGCAUCAACAGCCACAGCAAUUUCAGCAGCAGCAACAGCACCAACAGCAAAGCAACAGCCUCAACAACCGGCUGAAACUGCAUGGAACCACUUGAAGGGGGUAUAUAUGGCAAAAGAUACA